GCUGUUUGGCUCAACUGAUUUUGCAUUGUUUUCCUCCAGCUGGAAAGCUCCAAGAGACAAGUCACUUUGCCUUGGUCACUGUUGGUACGGGGUACUUGACGUCUCUUUUCUCCUUGCACCAGUUUAUUUUUAAACUUUUGGUUCUUGCCGUUUCGUCUGGCGGUCAACACAGACCAUCUUUCUCUGUCUUUCUCUUUUUACUCUGCCUCCCUCAACUCUUUCCCCUCUCCUUAUCCUCCUCUCGCGCACUCUCUUCUUUCUCUGCUCCCGCUAUCUAGCUUUAGUAUAUUCUGUUGGCCGAUAAUCUAACACUGGAAGGGUCAUCCUUCAGCGAUUUAAGUUAAGCCACCGAGAUCCCCAUUGCCCUCUAAUUAGGCGCCACCAGCAACCUUCUGGACCAGCGUCCCACUUGGGAAUUCAGGAACAAUAGCCAUUAUUCCGUUAGGACCGCGGCCCUCUUGAUCCCAAGGUCUCGUCUUACCCCCGGUUUGCGUCGAAUAUCGCCGUUUAACCUGGAAGUGAUUAUCUUCAUCGUACUUUUUGGCCGUUGCGGGUCCUGAGGCCAGAACUAUCGUACUGGGGUUUCUUGUUUACUUGAUCAGUACUAGACGCCAUUCUUCUUUGCCGUCAUGACUGAAGUGUCGUCCACGCGACUUUAUCUCGGGAAUCUUCCCCGCAAUGUCACCAAGCAGGAUAUCGAGGAACAUUUUAGCACCCAUGGCUCCGGAAAGAUUACAGAGAUCAAGCUUAUGAACGGUUUCGGAUUCAUUGAAUAUGAAGAUGCGAUGGAUGCUAGAGAUGUUGUACCAGCGUUCCAUGGCAGUGAUUUUAAAGGCGAGCGACUCACUGUACAAUUCGCGCGGGGGCCACGUCGCAAGGAGAACUUCCCUGGCCCAAUGGACCGUCCUAAUAUGCCUCGUCCCCGUCGCACGGUCUACCGUAUGAUGGUUUCUGGACUCCCGGAAACAAGUUGGCAGGACCUUAAAGACUUCGCACGUGGAGCGGGUCUUGAUGUCGUUUACUCGGAAACCGGCCGUGAACUUGGUAGAGGGUUCGUUGAAUUUGAGACUGCGAAUGAUCUGAAGACUGCCAUUGAGAAGCUCGAUGGGCGUGAUUUCAAAGGCUCCCGAGUGAGUUGUGUGGCAGAUAUCCAGCCUGUUGAUGAGCGCCCUUUCCGGGAUCCUUACCGGUCUCGGUCCCCUCGCCGGAGUUAUCCACCCGUAGAUGAGUACGACCGGAGAUUCCCCCCACCUCGGGGCUACAGUCCUCGUGCUCAUUACCGGGAGCGCUCCCCAAUUCCAAUGCGCCGAGAUUAUUAUGACCGUGAUGGCUAUGGACGCCGUACUCCUCCCCGUCCUCGUAUUGAUGAUUAUCCACCUCCACGUCGACCCUAUGAUGAUCCUUAUGAUGUCCGUCCGCCGCCGCCGCCGCCGCCUCGGUAUGAGGAUCCGUAUAUGCCACCAAGGCCUUACGGACGGCCCCGAAGUCCCCCACGGGGUGAAUAUGUGCCCUAUGACCGCCGUGGUUACUGGUAAAUACCUGUCUCCUGUGAUUUGGUUGUCUUGAAUGCGUGGCGGAUACCCAUGUGCUUCGUGUUCAUCCCCCCCUUUUUUUUCUUAUGUUCCUUUGUGCUUGCUCGAUUCCACUUUCCCCUGCUUUCCAAAAGGAAUCGGUUGCGAUCCAAGUCUACCCUAAUUUCCUGGAAUGGACGCACCGAAGAUGCGACGCGCCUAUUGUCGAAAAAAUUUCCGUUUAUUGCUUGACAUGAGGACAAUUUCUGAGGCCCUUGAGCACUUACUAGAAACCCCCCCCCC